GGAAAGUAGCCUGACGCCUGACGGAAAACGUAUUAUUAUUCGCAAAUGAUUGGAAUUAAGUUAUGAAUGUAAGUACAUUGUUUUCGUAAUUACCUUUGAAGAGAACUGGAUUUUGACUGGCCCUUUGAUCAAGUUUAUUUUGAGGGGACAUUUGAACUUGUGGUAGUGGAAGGAGCGGAUUCAGGGAUUUUUUUAUUGGAGGGGUCCAAGCACAUCACUGAUUACUCAAGCUAAAAUUUCUAUACAGCUACCGCUAAUCUUUUUCACCAGUCCUGGCCGUUAAAGAUUUAUUUUAUUCGAAAAUGUCAACAACGUAGAUCCUUGUAUGUGAAACUUUGCUGGUAAAAAAGUUUUAAAGUACUGUCAUUAUUUUACGAAAAACUUCUUGGGACCUAUGAGAGAGUUGGGGGGUGGGGGCGGGGGUCUAGACCUUUCAGUACCUCCCGCUGGUGUUCCACUGUAACGAAAGAAGGAAAGAAGAUAGAGGACAGGGCUAUAAAUUUAGUCAGUAUUAUCUUGAGGGAUGGUCAGGGUGUUUUUUCUUUUAAUAGGGAUCUUAAAAUCAUUCUGGGGAAAGCUAGCAAAGUUUGUAAGGUUCACUCUAACACUUAAUAAUCACUUCUGAUGCAUCAUGAAAUAUGUUCCCUGUUAUUUUUUAAAUUUCACCUCUGCUUGAAUUUUUACCCACCCAGUUUGCAACAGUAACAAACAGGAAACUAUGGGAUAAAGGCAUAAUUCAACGCCUUGGAAAGAGAUCAUUUUACAUGUGGCUAAACUUUGUCUUCAACAGGUAAGUGCCUGUACUAUCAACAAAUUAUUUGCUGGGAGAGAAGCAAUAAUAUGAUUACAUUAUUUUAUUAUAUGGGUAGCUCCACACUGGCACAGGUGGGAUCAAGAAACUUUGCUUCAGUGUAUGUCUCUCUUCACUCACAUGUAUAAAUGGCAACAUACUGCUGGGCAGUCUCCUCCGCAGGCAGAGGGCUCUUUUAGUUAUAGGGAGGCCGGGAGAGAAAAAAAAAAGAAAAAAUGGGGAGAUAUUUUCUGUUCCCAUUGUCCACUGCGUGCUUACUAUUUUUUAAUUAUUGCUAUUUUUAUUGAAGACAUACCUAGGGAAAGUUUCUGCAGAGGAGAGACUACUGCUCUGGGGGUAACCUUGGGGUGGACUAGCUAGCCAUAUUAUAGGGAGAGAUCGAACCAAUACAAUUAAGUGCUACAGAAAUUAGGUGUGGGCCUCAUUGGCUUGUGUGUGGCUUUAUUUAAUAUCUUGACCUCAGCAAGCAGGUUGAGGUUGCCACCAGGAUUGUCUGCUGUGUUCCCACAAGAAGAGAUUCUUACAACCAUAUACAACAAAUCCGUCAAUGAACAAGUUUGUAAGACUGCUCGAUAUUAUAGCCAUUUUUCAAAUCUAAGGUGGACUCAAGGCCCAUCAAAACAACUUGUGCAACAUCCAGCAAUCUUGAAUUAACAAGCUUGGUCAAUCAUUCACAUCUCGACUAACUAUUUUUACCCAAUCUAAGAAAAUAGUUAUUUUAAAAUUAAUGUUAUAUAUGACUAUUUUAUAGGGUAGAUGAAGGGAGAAUAGAAGAAUUUGGCCCAGAAAGGUAAAUUGGAUUAACAAAAUUGAUUAAUGGUUUUCAUGCCAAAAGACUCAAUAUUUUCCAUUCCCUGUUGUUAAUCUGUUGUCGGAAUAUGGUGAAAGUCUCACAUAUACAAGUUUUACUGAUUUGUUGUUUAAUCCCAUUUAUUUCUGUUUACUUCUUAUAAUUUUCAAAUGUGUCUUUGCGAGACAAACUCCCGACGUUUCUCUUGUAUAAAUAGCAAAUAUUGAUAGCUUGUAUUAAUCACCAUGCAUUCUUACUUAUUAACUGGAGGAGGGUGGGGCUUGUCACACAGGGUACCCAAACCACACAAUCUGUUGCUUGAUCCUUCAGGGUGGCAGCUGAGUGGGUGUUGCGGUGUGGAGGUGGAGUGAAAUUCAAGCACCUUGAGAAAUGGAUGUGGGACUAUAAUGCCAUACCAGACGGGCCUGUUGGAAAGCUCGCUUUGGAAGGGAUCAAUGCUAAAGGAGUCAAUAUAACAACAGGAGGCCUUCAGCAUCUUGGUAUUCUUUCAAAGUUAUUUGGAGUUUAUGUUGAGUGAAGUAGCAGAAUGCAAUGAGACCUGUAUUAAGUUAGCCCAAGAAAACAGCCAACAUUUGGUGACACUACCACUGGUGUCCCUGCCAAAUGAUGCCUGAGAAACGAGCGCAGAAGAUAUACUACUGUAACAAUGUAAAAUUAAGUAUAUUAAUUUAUUUUCUAUUUUAUGUAGGGAGUGUCCUCAAUAGGGAUAACCUCUGACGUUUCCUUUUAUGUAUCCCUACAUAAUAAAAUAUCUUAACUUUUCGUCUCAGAGGAUGUCUGGUACAGUGUUCAAUCAACACAGGUUUUUACCUCCCUUUUCUGCUUUUAGUUGGACUGCAGCAUCUUAAACAACUCAACAUGAACAGCUGCAGAUAUGUAACUGACAUGAAGAAACUUCUACCUGUUAAAGAAACCUUGGAACAUCUGGAUAUUGGAAACUGUGGAGGGAUAUCAGAUCUAACACCACUGCAUGAGUUAACGUUAGUUUCUAUCAUAAUCUUAAACUUACUGACCCUGUGUACUUUUGGGCUAAUUCAUUCACUGACCAUAAGAAAUCAUACAUGCUCCAUUAUCCUUAGAGAAAUAGGGACAUCACAUCCUUUAAUUUAAUAUAAUGAAAAAUUUGCCUCCUCAAUACUCUUCGGAGCAAGGAAGUCGUGUCUGAUAGCCCGGGGCUGGUGUGUUUUGCGUUGGAGCUAGGAAAUUCUAUACUUAACUUGCCUGAUGAGCAGGUGAUGUUUUUUUGUAACAAAUAACUUUUUAAAACAAAUUUAGUUCAAUAAAUAAAGUUCAUUCAUUCAUUCAAGACAAAUUGUUUAAGAUUCCUAAUAACAUUUAAUUUGUGUGGAUUGAAAGCUGCUUUUCAAGCUGAUCUAACGAAGCAAAAUAAUUUCACUUGUUAUGAUGAUGGAUUUAACAAUAAAGCAAGUAAUUAAUAACUAAUAGUGUAUUGAUCCUGCACAUAAAAUUAAUUAAUUGUUUGGGUUAGUUAUAAUGACUCUCACGCAGACCAGUACAUGCUAGCCACAGUUUGUUUCCUGAAGGGCAACUUUGCAUCUCGAUGAACCAUCGUUUCAGUUCCCAAAAUGGUAAAAUUACUAUCAUGGCCAUCACCAAUUUAUUGAGAGAUAAAUCUCACAGAGUCUCUGAAAAAGGUUGGUCUCAAUAACCCACCAACUAGAUGUGAACUUCCAACAAAUGUACAACUAUCUUUACAUUUAUAUUUUGUUUUUCAGAAAGCUGACAAAACUCCACCUUGUUAACACACCAGGAAUAAAACAGAGAGAAGAAGCCAUUGCAACACUACAGAAGAAACUUCCUGAAUGUGUGAUUGAAAAGUAGAUUAUUAUAAGUAUCAGACAAAAAGCACUUUGAACGACUUGUGAAAGUCAGACAAGUGUAACCAAAAAACUAUAGCCAUAAAGGAAAAUACACCAAGAACUUUGUAAACAAUGCAAGUCUUUUCACAGAGACUUUUUUGCUGCUUGUUUGAAUACAAACAACAAUGAUCCAAGGGAGUUUGAGGCCGAAAACUUGACAAAAAAAGUACAUGAAUGGGCCAUCAACAUUUUACAGUCUCACUAAAGAAAAACGUCCUCUGUGGUUGAAUUUUUUCAUAAGUAGGAGACUGAAAUACUGAUUUGCCUCAAAGCCUCUAUGUUUCAGAGACACUCCAAGAUACUGAGUGGGUAAUUUCACUGUUCCAACAAUACAGAUUACAAAUGAAGUAAACAA